AUGCUCCAACCAUCCCGCUCCUCUUCAAAAUUGAGGAGUUCUUUGCGAUGCUACUUCAGAUUCAAUUCCACCACCACUUCAGCAAAACCCCCAACGGGUGUUGUCUUUAUGAAUAUGGGAGGACCAUCUAAAACCAAAGAGACUUAUGACUUUUUGCAUCGUUUAUUUCAAGACGGUGAUUUAAUACCUUUUGGUAUAUUUCAGAAACCAUUGGCCCGGUUUAUAGCAUGGAGACGUACACCAACAAUCGAGAAACAUUAUGACGAAAUUGGAGGAGGCUCGCCUAUUCGUAAGUGGUCAGAAUACCAGUGUAAAAAAGUAUGUGAGAUUUUAGAUCAAACGAAUCCUGAAACGGCCCCGCAUAAGCCGUACGUGGCGUUCAGGUAUGCAAAACCGUUAACAGAAGAAACUUUGGAGGAAAUGAAAAGAGAUGGUGUUAAACGUGCUGUUGCUUUCUCUCAGUACCCACAAUUCUCAUACUCAACCACAGGCUCUUCCAUCAAUGAGCUUUACAGACAAACGAUAAAGAACGAUCCAGAGCGCACCAUUGAAUGGUCGGUUAUAGACAGAUGGCCACAACAACCUGGAUUGGUAGAGGCAUUUGCCAACAACAUCAAAGAGAAAUUGGCUGAGUUUCCACCAGAAAUCAGAGAUGAAGUCGUCAUUCUCUUUUCAGCGCAUUCAUUGCCUAUGGAAAUUGUCAAUUUGGGUGACUCAUACCCUGCGGAGGUUGCUGCGACUGUGUACAAGGUAAUGGAGUCUUUAAAUUUCUCCAAUCCAUACCGUUUGGUUUGGCAAUCACAAGUGGGACCGAAGCCAUGGUUAGGUGGACAAACUUCCAAAAUUAUUGACAAGUUGGAGAAAAGGGACGACAUUAAAGGUAUUGUUUUGGUACCGAUUGCUUUUACUUCGGACCACAUUGAAACUCUCCACGAGUUGGAUAUUGAAAUCAUGGAAGAUGCUGAAAAUCCUGAAAAGAUUAAAAGAGCAGAAUCUAUGAAUGGUAACGAGGUAUUUAUUUCUGGUUUGGCCGACCUCGUCAAGGACCAUUUGCAAAGUGGAAGAAAAUAUUCCAAACAAUUAGAAUUGGACUGUAUUCUAGGGGGCGAAAAGGCAUCAAAUACAUUUAAGCACCCAAGUGAGUUAUUUGGUAAAAGUACAUUGUAA